AUGACAUAUCGCGCCGCUCCUGUCCUUGCUUUGAACUUUGAUAGACGAUCGUCCCACCAUACGAGAGCCCAGGCUAUGCAUUCUUUCACUGCAUAUGCCGUCAUACGAAGGCGCGGCCGUAACACUGUCAGUGGAAGAUUUGGCGACGCCUUUCUUCCUGGUUCACCCAGUUCCUUGAGCAACGAAGCUCUCCCGACAUCGCGUCUCAGCAAAAUAUACAAAGAAGAAUUGACAUUCGCUAAAAGCCACGCGACCAGACAACAAACGUUUUUGUACAGCAUGUUACACCCGUUUCUCCAUAUCUUGUAUACCUGUACAAAAUAUAUGCUUACAUUAGAUCGGCAUCAUCUGAACAAGCCUCGAUCAUAUUUAUUAAUACACAUCAUACUCGAAUUGAGCCUCCUACUAUCCGUUUCAUCAGUUAUCCAUCAUAGGCCAAAGUUGCUUUUUCUUUUGCGACUCAGUUGCUACGUUCAAACCUCCACACCACCUUCAUCCUUCUGCCCUGGUCUUGCCGUCACAAACAUCCUCGUCGACCACGGCAACCAAGUCUCGGGUCGCUUGGCAAGACUUUUUGCGCGGACUCCACACCUACCGAUCAACAUGGAUACCCGCCAUCCGGGCAGAGGCUUUUCCAAUAGUUUGAAGACAUGCAGAAAUGACUUUCGAUGA